AUUGGCUGAGGCAACGAAUCGAGCAGCGUGAUUGGCUCGGGCCUGGAAAAGAGCGUUCGGGGAUCCUCAAUGUACAGGCCGCAGUAGUGCUACCGUUGGAAAAUUAACGAUAAUAAAUCACGACAGAUUCGCGGGGAUUCGAAACUCUUCAACGCUCCGAAGGCAGCCGCGGAGCAGACACUUUCCUCCCAGAUGCCAGAUUCACAGAUUUGUUUAAUGUUUGCGAUGCUUUUACAUGAAGGGAACCACUGUCAGAUGUGAAGUGUUGUGGAGCAGUCUCAGAUCAUGGAUCAAGGUGGAGGGAUCCUGGAGCUUCACAAGGACUUAAAAAUGCCCCAUACAAUGAUAAUGCCAGAUUUUGUUGCAGGGAUGGGAGGCCUGGCCCACAUUGACGGCGAGCACAUUGUGGUGUCGGUGCCGGAGGCUGUGAUGGUGUCGGACGAGGGCAUCAUGCUGGAGGCUGAGGUGGUGGAGGGGCCUGACAUCUGUCACGAGGACGUCAUCACCACCGAGGGCGUGAUCAUGUCCGAGUCCAUCCUGGGGGCCGAGGUGGCCAUCCAAGAGGCUCUGGGCGGCACGGCUGACCUGAUCGAGGAGACGGUGCCCGAUCAGGUGUUUGUGGCUGAGCUCAUGUCUCCUCACGAUCAGAGCCCGCUGGACCACGAGCUGGUGUCCGCGGAGGUCAUGGUGACGGACACGGAGACGGUCAUCCAGGCGCACGACGCCAUUAAAGCAGUGGAUGAGGACGAGGAGGAGGACGCGAAGAGCACUUCGGAGGACUACCUCAUGAUUUCCUUGGAUGAGGUUGGGGAGAAGCUAGACAUUGGAGACGCACCUUUAAAGAUCACCACAGAUGUGGGCCAGGACGACGACGGCUCGAAAGAGGAUGAGUUCAGCUCGGAGGUCAUCAAAGUUUACAUCUUUAAGGCAGAUGGAGAUGAAGAUGUGGAAAUAGGCAGCACAGAGGUGGUGGCAGAGAGUGAUUUUCCCAACGGGCACACGGCGCUGGAGCCGGCCGGUUCAGGCAGGCUGUCCAGAGAGAAGAUGGUCUACAUGGCUGUGAAGGACGUCAGCCAAGGAGAGGAGGAUAUCAACUGUUCGGAGAUGACUGACCAGGUGUAUAUGGAGGUCAUAGUUGGGGAGGAAGAAGCUCCUGCUAUCACUGAAGCGCAGCUGGAGGACACACCCGUUAACAAGACCUUUGUUCCUGCUGCCUGGGCGACUGCUUAUGGAAGCAGUCUUGAAAGUAAGAAUGGUGCGGCCACUCCCUACCUACAGAUCUCUGACAGCAUCAGCACAAGCCGAGCACUUAAACAAAAGAUCAAGAAGAAGAGGAGAGGAGAGACACGCCAGUGCCAGACAGCUGUGAUCAUUGGUCCAGACGGGCAGCCCCUGACCGUCUACCCCUGCCACAUCUGUGGCAAGAAGUUCAAAUCACGCGGUUUCCUGAAGCGCCACAUGAAGAAUCACCCGGACCACAUUUUCAAGAAGAAGUACCAGUGCACCGACUGCGACUUCACCACCAACAAGAAGGUGAGUUUCCACAACCACCUGGAGAGCCACAAGCUGAUCAUCAAGAGCGAGAAGAUCCCGGAGUACACCGAGUACACGCGGCGCUAUCACGAGGCCAGCCCGCUCAGCUCCAACAAACUCAUCCUGCGCGACAAGGAGCCCAAGCUGCACAAGUGCAAGUACUGCGAGUACGAGACGGCCGAGCAGGGCCUUCUCAACCGCCACCUGCUGGCCGUGCACAGCAAAAACUUUGCGCAUGUUUGCGUCGAGUGCGCCAAGGGCUUCCGGCACCCGUCGGAGCUCAAGAAGCACAUGCGGACGCACACGGGCGAGAAGCCCUACCAUUGCGAGCACUGCGACUUCCGCUGUGCAGACCAGUCCAACCUAAAGACUCACAUAAAGAGCAAACACGGCACUGACCUGCCCUUCAAGUGCGGCCACUGCCCGCAGGCCUUCGCCGACGACAACGAGCUCCAGAGGCACACGGAGAUCUUCCAGGGCCAUAAGACUCACCAGUGUCCGCACUGCGAACACAAAAGCACCAACUCCAGCGACCUGAAGCGUCACGUCAUCUCGGUGCACACCAAAGACUUCCCGCACAAGUGCGACGUCUGUGAGAAGGGCUUCCACAGACCCUCCGAACUGAAGAAGCACGCAGAAACGCACAAGGGGAAUAAAGUGCACCAGUGCAGGCACUGCGACUUUAAGACGUCGGACCCCUUCACGCUGAGCCGCCACAUUCUGUCCGUUCACACCAAGGACUUGCCGUUUAAGUGCAAGCGGUGCAAGCGCGGAUUCAGGCAUCAGAACGAACUGAAGAAGCACAUGAAGACGCACAGCGGUCGCAAGGUCUAUCAGUGCCAAUACUGCGAGUACAACACUACGGACGCUUCGGGUUUCAAACGGCACGUCAUAUCCAUCCACACUAAAGACUAUCCGCACAGGUGUGACUAUUGCAAGAAGGGUUUCAGGCGGCCGUCGGAAAAGAACCAACACAUAAUGCGGCAUCACAAAGAAACCCUGCUAUAACGCUCUUUCUUUCUGCUCCACAGCUACACGUGUCAUUUACGGCCCUCUUAUUUAAUGCACUGGUUCUCAACUGCAGUCCUCAGGACACACUGCUCUGCACAUUUGUCUCCCUUAUUUAUCGCACCUGAUUCAGAUCAUCAGCUCGUUUAGGAGAGAGACCCAUGAACUGAACUGAGUGUGUCCGAUAAGAGAAACAUCCAAAAUGUGCAGAGCAGUGGGUCCCGAGGACUGGAGUGGAGAACCACUGAUUUAAAGUGUAAAGAAACAUUUAUCACAGAAGUGGCUAACGGUAUGGUCUUGGUCAAAAUGAUCAUGUCACACCUCUCGCGGUCUUUGAAGAAAACAGGGAUGCCUAUAUUUUUAUACUUUGCUUAAAUGCUGUUAGCAAAUCGAAUCCUCUAUAUUAAAGGAAUAGUUCUCCCAAAAAUGAAAAUGUACUCGCCCUCAUGUUGUUCCAAACAUGUUCUCCAGAGGAUAAAAGACGUUUCACAGAACGUUGUUUCAUUAACUAAUAACAUCUACCGAUCAGUGUCUGUCAGGAUUCAAAAAGGAUGAAAAAGCACCAUAAAAGUAGACUUUGUGCACUUUUUAUGUUCAUUUUAAACUUUGAGAGCUUCUGGUUACUGUAAACUUUUGAAUAGAAAAAGCAGCACAGUGAUUUUGUGCUCCAUGGAAGAAAAUUACUUGGGUUUAGAAUGACAUGAGGGCGAGUAAAUGAUAACAGUUUUCUUAUAUGGGUGAUAUAUUCCUGGUCUGAGCAUCAUCAUAGACCUUAGUCAGGAUAGACGACAUAUUGAAUUUCACAAAGUGAGGCUAAACGUACAGUCUUUAUAAUGACAUGCACUUUAUAAACCUAGAUCGCGUGUCAUUUAAAAGCUGUUAAUGAAGUUUUUGGUCUACUGAAAGACGUUUCAUCAGCUGUAUGAUUGGUAUGUUGUUAAACAACAUUAGUCUACUGAUUCCUCACUAAUUAAAUCCAGCGCUGUCCUGACUAAAGUCUAUCAAGACAGACACUUUCCUUUUCUCUCCAAAGUCAUUCAAUAAUUAGAUGUAUUUUACCAGCUUGUAUGUCCAGGUUUUACUGCACCUUUUACCGUUUUAUACCCAUCAUGAUGUUACUUUGAGCAGUUCUGUUGUGGUAUCUGAAACUGUACGAUUUAAACCAGUGCAUUUUCUCUGUGAUCUUUGGCGUUCCUCAACUUUGUGAAUACCACUCACCAAAUUAAAUUACAACAUUUGUGUAAAAUGAAACGUUAACAACACGGCGAACAUGCACAUACUGCCAAUUAUUUCUGAGCUCGAGUCAUGCCUUACAUGUAUUUUCUUUGCACUGAAUUAAGUAUGAAUCGAUUGUGAAUAUUUUUAGCAAGUUUCAGUUACGCUAUAAUAGAUGUAUACAUUAACAAAUGCAAAUCACAUUAAGAGCACCUUUUGCUGUUAUAAUGUCACUUUGAGUUAUUUAUUUUUUAGCGAGAGGGCAAACGUAGACACGACAUCCUAAAGCAGAAGCCAUCCUUCAGUCCCUUCCCAGCAGUACUUGCGUGUAAAAGACCUCAGCGAUUCAUGCCUUGAUAUCUAACUCUUGUUGACCUGCGUAGCUAUGACUGUGGCUCUCACAUAGGGUGGAUUUGGAGGGGCGGUACUUCCUGUCAGUCAUGUUUUUGUCAGACAUCCUAAUCUGUAAUGCAUACUCCAACGUCAUCAUGUGUAAAAACCUUCGUUAUAAACUCCGUCUCCGAAGAAAAAGUAUUUUUAGACAUUGUGGUGAAAUUGAAAGAGUGGGUGAUUUGCAACAGCUUUAAAAGGUUUAGUUCACAAUAAUUCAGAUUCCUAGAAAUUACAAGACGCCACUUCUAAUGGUUCAUCAUCUGGACAGAUGGAAAUCUCACUGAAGUUACAGCGUGAAUGGAUGUAGCAAAUUUUGCUUUCUUUGUAGUUUAAUUGGUUGUAUUAAGUUCAAACUGUGUUUAAUUGAUCAAGUACUUUCAAAGUAAUCAUCCAUUUGAUCCCUGGACUCAAUCACAUGAAUCACUCUCAUUCAUGAACCACAAGGAGAACUGUGUGUAAAUAAUAACCAUUCUUGCGUAAAUCAAGACGCAACCGUUCACGUAAUCGUUUAUGAAGGACUCACGGAUUCGUUCUGCUGGUGUUUGGUGAAUGAGGUUUGUGGCUCUUGAAAUGCGAAAUAAAAUUCAUGCAUUUCAGUUAUUUUCUGACAGGUGGACUACUGGUAAGAAGGAAUCAAAAAUCUUUUUUUGUUUUCAGAAAUGGUUUCACACUCAGGUAUUUCCUUGACGUUUAGCAAAUAGCACUUUUCAGAUGUAAGAUAUUAACACAGUCUAAAUAAAUCAUUCAAGGAAAAUCAUUUUAAUCCGCUUAUAAGUGUUGUAUUAUGCCAUUAAAGUGGGUAAUUACACAUACUGUA